CUACAGAAAAUUUAAUUCUUUAAAUUUUCUUCUAUCUAACUUUCUAUUUUAAUUUCUGCGACUGAUUAUUAACGAUCACGUGUUACUUAAGAAGUCAGUCAACUGCAAUUAAAAAUCACAAAUAAGAUAAAAAUAAAAAUAAAAAAAAUCGAGAAAUACUGUUUACUGUAAAUAGAGAUAAAAAUAACAAUACCGAUAACACUUUAUCAGAUAACACCUGUGCAUCGUUAAUACAUAAUUAUUAUUUGCCUCACAUGGCGUCUAUCAGCUCGGCAGACCGAUAUAAAUUUACAGUGGUAAUAACUUUUUAUGCCACAUUGUCAAUUUCUCAUGAAACGCGUGCAAGCGAAAAACAAACGUACAAUUAUCGUGUUAAUAUUUAAUAAAAAAUGACUUCUGCUUCAAAGACUUUAGAGUGGUUGAAGCUUGAAAUAAUACCAGAAGUGCUUAAAAUAUUGAACAAAAACAAUGACCAAAUUGAAUCGAUAUCCACUUCUAGCAACGAUACCUACGCAUUAUCAGAGGUCAAUUUUAUAGACAUAGUGUUCACUAACUACGAAACGCUUAAUUUAGUGAUAAAGAGCCCUCCUCUUGUAAAAAACCACUUAGUACAGUUCAAUAUUAGGCAAAUUUAUACUAAUGAAAUCAUUUUUUACAAACUUUUUGCCAAAAAUGCCUUGAAGGGAAUUCCCAAAUUUUAUUACGGCUCUGUUAAAGAUCCAAUUGAAAAAAGUGUUAUCGUCCUGGAGAAUGUCACUGAAAAAGGCUUCAAAUUGUGCCCCACUGUUUUUGACAUGCCUUUUUGGUAUGUAAUUAGCGCUGUACGCGAACUGGGGUAUUUUCAUGGUACGUAUUAUGCAUUCAAGGAACGUGAGUUAGAUAAAUUUAUGAAAAUAGUUAACGGUAUCAAAGAAGCCUGGUUUAUUGAUGGAAAUUUUGUGUCUAAUGUUAUAAAGACAGUUGGAAGCCGACCGGUCGAGUGGUUGCGGAAAAUUGACUAUGAUGAUAAUUUCUGCAAGAAAAUGGAACAUCACUUGAGUGAUGCAUUUAGUACGAUAAUGCUCGAUGCUAUAAAACCUGUUGAACCACUAGCUACUUUGUGCCACGGGGAUUUCACACGGAGUAAUAUGCUUUUUCGUAGAGCAUGUGGUAUUAAUGGUAACGAUAAUGAUGAUGAUCAUGAUCAUGGUAAGGAGGAAAAGGAGAAGAGGUUAGAGGUAAUGUUAAUAGACUUUGGCAUGAUGAGAUACACGUCGCCAUCCAUUGACCUUUCGACUUUUCUCUACCUCAGUGUCUUCUCAGAGGACAGGAAAAAUAGGUUCGAUGAGAUAUUCCGAGCUUAUCACGACGCACUACUGGAUUAUCUUGGGAAAGCUGGGUUAAUUGACCUAGGCCGGUACUCUUCCGAGAAGAUGCUCGAGGAUUAUAAGCGACGGGCUGCUUACGGAUUUAUUGUUGCAUUAUACUUUCUGCCCGUUUUGCACGGGCUCUGUGAUGACCCAGAUCGAAACAAUGAGGCUGCAGUGCCGGAUGGGAGAGAGUUCGGAUUGAUUGCAAAGCUCGCGGGUGGUGAUGCUAUGUCAGCUGUGUUUGGUGAUAUGUUGCUUGAAUUAAGAGACACUGGCUGCUUAGAUCAUCUUCUUUAAUUUUAUUACAUUGAAUAUGGAUAAGAGGAAUUGUAUAAAUUUAUUGAUGUAUAUGUGAAUAAUAAAUCAUGAUUUUAUUUAGAAUGUUAGAAUUUUUGGGCGCUAGAAA